AUGCUUCGGCGUGUGGCGCUUCCAUGGCUGGUGGUGUUGCUUGGAAAAUGCUCAGCUACUCGUGUACAAGUCUCCCAAGAAGAGGUAGCGACUCGGACCGACAACAACCCCUUGUUCCGCCCUGUGCAGCGCACCGCCACGCAGGCCGCCACCGAGUUCGUGGCCGCCCGCUGGGCGCAGGUCGAGGCGCGGCUGCCGCUGGCGGCGCGGAACCUCUUUCGCGGCCGGACGCAGGGCGUCGCGCCGCUGCCGGUGUCGGAGGAGCUCUCCACGAUGGUCCGCCCGACGGUGCGUUGGGUGCCGAAGAUGCCGACGCAGCAGGUGCCUCUGGGCAUCGGGCGCCUCGGCCGAGCGCCGCAGCUCCCGACGGCCAACGCCGGCGCGACGGUGCACGCGGCGCUGCGCGCGCCCUUCGUGCGCGCCUUCCGUGCGCUGGAACGGGCGCUGCCGCGUGGGGAAGUAUCGCUGGAACGCACGGUGCGACCUCGCCGGUCGAUCUUUCCCGUUCGCGCCAGGAGUUGCAGCAGCUCGGAUAGCGAGCCCUGGUGUUGUAAGGUGAGAUUGAUUUUGUAUUUUCGCUAUAUGGUUGAAAUCCCCUGCUGGACAAGUUUUUUGUCAGGUUCCUUCAAAUCCAAGGAGUUGGAGGAGGUAUUUCUCCUCGAGCUCAUCUGA